AUGCGGCUCCCCGGGCACAGUGGCGCGGAUGUCAUCAUUAUUAUCACACUUUUCUUGGUGACUUCGUACUCUGUGCAUAGCUACUGCGUCUUUCUGUUUCCCCGAGCACUCUAUGCGUUGGGAUUGGCUUUUCUACAACCGUUCAGGAAGGGAGUGGCUCGACCAAUUUCUUCCUCUCCUCUCCACCUCCAACAUUUGCUUAACGUGUCAACAAAGGACUGGAUAUUGUUUGGCGUCUCCGUUUUUUUCUUUCUUCUCACAUUGUGGUCUUACCUGGCGGCGGCAUUCACUGAUGCUGGUCGUGUGCCCCAGGCCUUCGGACAACAUGCUCCCAGGAGCGCUUCCUUGGCGUUAAGGGUGUCUGGGGCACUAAACUUGUGUCCCGUUUGUGCCACCUACAAGCCGCAGAGGGCGCACCAUUGCAGUCGUUGUAGACGUUGUGUAUUGAAAUACGAUCACCACUGUCCAUGGCUUGGUCGUUGUGUGGGGUUUUUCAACUACAAGCUGUAUCUACUUGUGGUGCUUUACACCUUUCUGUUUUCCCUCUGGGUGGUGGCACUGCUGCUGUUGGCGAUCUCUCUUUACAUUGUAGAGCACUAUCGAACCGUUGGGUCGAGGGUUUUGCAUCGGGAUUUGGGAACUUCGCGAAGCUGGCCUGAUGGGAUAUGUUGGACGGGACCACUCAUGGUGGGUGGCAGAAACCACUAUCAGAUGCAUUCUGGGUUUCGAACUGCAUCUUCCUCAUCCAUUAGCUUAGACAACAGCUUUGAUGUUUGUCCCCCAUUUUUAGGUGUGUACGUCUGCCUUCUGGAAGCCAUUACAUUUCUUGUCUUGACAGGCUUACUGCUGCGCAAGCAUUUCUGGCUGGCACGGCAUAACCUGACGACGCUUGAUCUUGUUAUUUAUCAGCAUCAGUUGGAGGAGGGGAUUUCUUAUGGACGCCCCUUGAAUAUCUUUGACAUUGGUGUGAAGGGGUGUUUACAUCAAGUCUUUGGUGACGGUGACGAACGGGGCGAGCAUGUACAUCGCAACUUCCUCGUGAGGUGGUUCUUUCGCCUCUUGCCCUUCCCCGCCUACCCCAAGCAAGCCGAGUUGUACUCCGAUUCACCGCUUGGUAAUAAUGCCGUGGACAACCUGUCAGGUGGAACCCCGUUUACUGCGGUGUCACGCACGACCUUCUCGGUGCCAAGCUAUGGGACGCUAAAGGAGCCGUCGCCUGCUUGCGACGCGGCCACCCGCAACAGCAGCGGUGUCGCUGCUGACAUUAGCCGCAGGGGCGAAUACCGUAGCUACCCCGUCCAGUUCCCCGGCCACACGGGGAGUCUAAUUGGGCUGAGUUUUCCCACGACUUCGUCUGCCGCCGGAGCUGGUAGCGUGUGA